AUGAAUAGUAUCGUACCCAAGAGAAAGAUCCGGAAUUCCUGGAUCGUCGAUCCCAACCAGACCAAGGAUCGGCGAUAUGUCAAUAACGACAUCCCGAUCGCCAUUACGGAAGAGAUUUGCCGCGAGGAAGCGGACCGCCUGAAGCUGACUUGCGUCGUCAUCAGACAGCUUGCCCAUGAGACUCGAAUUGUGUACAAGAACGGCAGGACCGUCACGCCGGACUCCCAUUUUACGGUCUAUAUGAGAGUCAGUAAGAGCCAGCUCUUGCUACAAGGCCACACCUAUGUGGUCUGGGACCCCGUACUGUUCGGUAAUCUCAAGAAGAUGACUGACCCCCUCAGUCAAAGGAAAUAUGUCAGCCAAGGGCCAAGGGGGAGGAUGAUUAUCGCUCCUACGACGCGGCAACUACCGUUCCAUCAUCACCACCAUCACCAUACAUCACCAGGAAAAAUCAUUCUCCUUCUUCACGCAUAG